ACUAUUAAAUGCUGACUGUGUGGGUGGGGCUUAAAGUGUGUAGGAUGGAAAUAACAGCUUCCAAGCUUCCUUUUGGUUUAUGGGGUUAUGGGGCCACUUAAAAACCUAUGUUAUUGAUGGCAAAUUAUCUGUCAAAGCAUGGAAGCAGAGGGCGUGGUCUUAAAGCCCCAGUCACAUUUUUUCUCUUAGAGGGAACACAGGUUUUCCAGGGAAGGGGAGAUGGCCAGGAAAGAGUAGCCGGAUGUCUGGGAAUGAUGGUCAGGGAGCAGGGGCAGGUCCUUGGGUGGGCACCUAGGUUAGUAUCAGAGGCACUGGAGGCAAGGAUGAGGGUGAGAGCGGAUCUGACCAGGGGUCCUUACCUUUUGGAAAAUCCUCUUUAAAGGAAAUAGUCUAGGGUAUGGGGAGAGUGAGGUGUGGGUGUCCUCAGUGUUUCAACUGCCCACUGCUUGUUGAGGGGAUGGGAAAGCGGUCCGAAGGACAGAAAGGUCACACGAGUAGCCUUGAGAGGGCUGGUAAAGCAGGAACAGAGUGAACUUGUUCGGGUUCCUUCCCGAGUCUCUUGGUGGGUGGCCCAGUGGUUCUUGGGCCUUUGCUCUGCCUGGUUCAUCGCCACAGCAGUCCCUGGGGGGGACUGCCUGGGUUGGAGGGGUCUGCUGGAAGGAGCUGCCCUUCUCUUCUGAAGAAUCCAGUUUUUGUUUUCUGUAAUUACAAAAGUAUUAAAUUAUCUUUAAAAGUAAACAAUUCAGAUCUAUUUAAUGUGAAAGUCCCCCUUCAUUCCCCAUCCCACCCCCCAAAUCCUUUCUGCUUACACUGUGAAGAGUUUGAGUAGUAUUCUAACAUUUUUUCCUGUGUAUUUGAAAACAUGCAUAUGCAGCCUCCCUGCCCCACCUCCCUUUUUGCUUAAUGGAUAGGAUCCCAGAGGUUCUCCAUUUUUUCUACCUCGGAAAUACCCUUGGUCAUGGGAUGCCAGUCUGGAGGAAGUCUCCCCUGUAAGGAGGAAACAGGCCCAGAGAGUGGAAGUGAUGCCCACUGGUGGGGGUCCUGAUUUCUGAAAAACAACUCAAGGACAUUUGUCAAGAGGUUACCUUCAGUUUCUGUGAGGAAGCUAACAUUGGUGACUCUUAUUUGGGGACUAUUGUUUAAGCUAUUAUUACUUUCUUGCUUAGCAGGUCAUACAUUCACUUCCCUAAUUGCUGGUUGCAGGGCUUGCUAGGUGCCUGGAAUUUCCCUUGAAGGGACUCAAAUGUUUCUUUAUUUUCGUGCAUUGAAUGGGUGACUAAAACAAAUAAAGAAGAGAAUGAGACUCUAAAGUGUUGAUAGCUAGUGAUGUGUAGUCUCUUUAUAGGGUGUGUAUGAUUUUGUAUUUUACAAAUCCUUCUAUAGAUAAUAUAACCAAAUUAACGGUAACAACUCAGUAAGGUAUGCAGGCAACUAGAAAAUUAUUAACCCUAUUUUAUAGAUGAGUAAGUCAAAGUCCAGAAACAGAAAAGUAUCUUUUAUAAAGAGUACACAUGAAGUCAGUGACAAAAUAGAAUCUCAGUCCCCGGUUCCUGCUGUGCUACUCAGGCUAAAUCGCAGGUGGGCCUGUGGCAAAUGUUUAAUCAGCUGUUGAUGGGAGAAAAUAAGGUCCACCUGCCAAACGGCAACGGUUUGUAGAAAGUCCCAGAGGCCCAUCUUCUGUCUGUAUCUUCCUCAUGUCCCAAACGCAGCUUCCAGCAGCUCUGGAGAGGAUCCUGCCAGUGGGAGUUGACCCAGCUGCGCCCCCUUGGAGGGAGAAGCGUGAGGCAUUUCCUUAACAAUCGGGAUGGCAGGGAAGGGACGCAGCCGGCGCUGAUGCUCGGAGGCCUCCAGGGAUGGAGAGUGGCCUGGCUGGCGACGGCACAGGAGCCGGGCUGGUGAUGAAGGUCAAGCAGGAGAAGCCGGAGCGGCUGCUGCAGACGCUGGUGCCGCAGGCCAUGCUUGCGGAGAAGGACAAGGAGAACAUCUUCCAGCAGCACCCGGGCCUCCCUCCACGCCAGACCUUGGGGUGGUCUCGAGCCCUAGGGGCACAGGAGGAGUCUGGGAGUCCCAGGUGGGCCCCUCCCGCUGAGCAGGAUGCGGGGCUGGCAGGCCGGGCUCCCGGGGCAGCCUCUGGCCCCCUGAGCCCGGCGCUUUCCGCCAGUGAGGGUCAUUUCGUGUGCCUAGACUGCGGGAAGAGGUUCAGCUGGUGGUCGUCCCUGAAGAUCCACCAGCGCACCCACACCGGGGAGAAGCCGUACCUCUGUGGCAAGUGCGGCAAGAGCUUCAGCCAGAAGCCAAACCUGGCGCGCCACCAGCGGCACCACACGGGCGAGCGGCCCUUCUGCUGCCCCGAGUGCGCGCGGCGCUUCAGCCAGAAGCAGCACCUGCUCAAGCACCAGAAGACCCACUCUCGGCCGGCCACCCACUCCUGCCCCGAGUGCGAGCGCUGCUUCCGCCACCAGGUGGGCCUCCGCAUCCACCAGCGCGCGCACGCCCGGGACCGCCAGGGUGCCAGCGCCGGCCUGCACGAGCUGCUCCGGGAUGCGGCGUCGCGCCGGGCCUGUCGCCUGCGGCCUGGGCCGCCGCGGGGGCGCCCCGAGUGGGCCUGGCUAGGACUCUGCCAGGGCUGGUGGGGCCAGCCCGGGGCCCGGACCGCCGUCUCCCGCCCCUCGGGGCCGGGCGAGCCGCGCCAGUUCAUCUGCAACGAGUGUGGCAAGAGCUUCACCUGGUGGUCGUCGCUGAACAUCCACCAGCGCAUCCACACGGGGGAGCGGCCUUAUGCGUGCCCAGAGUGCGGCCGCUGCUUCAGCCAGAAGCCCAACCUGACGCGGCACCUGCGCAACCACACGGGCGAGCGCCCGCACCCCUGCCCGCACUGCGGCCGCGGCUUCCGCCAGAAGCAGCACCUGCUCAAGCACCUGCGCACGCACCUGCCGGGCGCCCAGGCAGCGCCCUGCCCCAGCUGCGGUAAGAGCUGCCGCAGCCGCGCCGCGCUGCGCGCCCACCAGCGCGCCCAUGCCGCUGCCCAGCCCGCCGUCCCAGCCGGCGAAUCGGGCGACCAGCCUCAAGCCGAGGUCAUCCCGGGCUUGGCCGCGCGGCCACGGAGCCCCCAACGGCCCCCGGGGGCCCGGGACGCACUGUGGGGCCGGGGACGUGCAGGCCUGGCCGGGCCUGGCGAGCCGCGCCAGUUCAUCUGCAACGAGUGCGGCAAGAGCUUCUCGUGGUGGUCGGCGCUCACCAUCCACCAGCGCAUCCACACAGGCGAGCGGCCCUACCCGUGCCCCGAGUGCGGCCGCCGCUUCAGCCAGAAGCCCAACCUGACGCGGCACCGGCGUAACCACACGGGCGAGCGGCCCUAUCUGUGUCCCGCCUGCGGCCGCGGCUUCAGCCAGAAGCAGCACCUGGUCAAGCACCAGCGCGUGCACCGCGCGGCCCCUGCGCCCAGCGCCAAGGAAGAGGCACGCUAGUGGGCGGGAGCCCCGCGGACCCGUGGUUGUGGUGAUGGCGGGGGAUGCCACAGCGGGACUAGAGAAUUCCUCAAAGCUCUCAAAACCUGAGAACAGUUCCAGAAGCAUCCCAAAGGGUGCCGGGAAAGGUCCCAGCGUGGGUUGAAGGAGGAGGGAAGAUCCGAGUUUCCCACCGCAGGCCUGGAUGUGACCACCCUCUUCAGAGGUUGGACCUCAGGCUUCAAGCACCGAGUGAGGGGUCUGUUGGGGACACUGGGAGAGGAUCCUGGUGUGAAGUGGCCUGGGUCUGGACUGGUCAGCUGUGGCACCACCCCACCCAGGCUGCAGGAUGGCCGGGGGUUGCCCCUGUGGGAGAAUCGCCACAGACUAGGUGAUACCAAGGAUGGAAGCCAGAGGUCGUGGCAAGGGAAAGCCAAGCAUAUUCCCAGCACCAGGGCCAGUGCUGGCACGUCGUAGGCAUCCAAUAAAUAUUUUUGGAAGGAGUGA